UGACAGCAUGAAACGUCAAACCGAAACAUAAACAAACAAACAGCGCCGCUUCGUUUUGUUGCUAGACAAAUCGCCGCGGUCCGCUGUGGUGUAGUAAAGAUUCUUCUAAGCCGCUGUACGAUGGAAAUCUCUGCCAUUGAGGACCUGAAAAUUAUCCCGGACGUCGUGCAGCCGUACCCGGACCCUUCCGUCGGUCGAGAGGGGGUGAUCGUGAUUGACAACGGGUCGUUCAACUGCCGUGUCGGAUGGAUGCUGAAGGAGAAGCCGGCACUGAUCUUUCGAAACAUCCUUGCCAAACCAAGGAAGGAUCGCACGAAAAAGGAUCUCGAUGUUGCCACCGUGCCAGUGACCCAAAUCGGUAACGAUAUAGUGAACAUAGAGGCGAUGCGCAUGCAGUUGCGUACCCAGUUCGAUCGCAAUGUCGUAACGCACUACAAUGUGCAGGAACAAAUUUUCGAUUACAUUUUCGGGAAGCUGGGCAUAAGCUCGGAGAAUGGAGUACCUCACAAAGUGAUGAUAACGGAAUGCUUGUUCAAUCCGAACUACUGCCGCAGUUUAAUGUCGGAGCUGCUCUUCGAAUGCUACGACAUACCGGGGCUGUCGUACGGUGUGGACAGCUUGUUUAGCUACUACUCGAAUCAGAGAGCGAAAAAUGGGCUCAUCAUUGCUACCGGAUACCAUACGACGCAUGUGAUACCGGUGAUGAAUGGCCGCAUUGUCGUGGAGAACGUGCGGCGCAUAAACAUCGGAGGCUCAAACAUGAUCGCCUUUCUGCAUCGUUGCUUGCAGCUUAAGUACACGUUCCAUCUUAACGCCAUCACGUUGAGCCGUUCGGAGGUUUUGCUACACAAGUACGGAGAGUUUGCGUACGAUUAUAUAGAAGCGCUACAAAAGUGGGCCUCUCUUGAGUAUUAUGAUCAAAACGUGAAGAAAAUCCAACUGCCUUUCAACCAGACCGCGGCCACGCCAGUCCUUACGACCGAGCAAAAGUUUGAAAAGAAGAAGGAGCUGUCGAGACGCUUGGUCGAAAUCAAUGCUAGACGCCGCGAAGAACGUUUAGCACAGGACGAGGAAUUGCUCAUACAGCUACAACAGCUGGAGGAAUCGGCCGAGGAUGGAGAUGACGUACGCGAAGCGUUGGCCGAACACAGUCUCAAAGAUGUAGGUGAGCUGAAGCGAAUGAUAAGCACGGUUAACGCGCGGGUCGAUAAAACUCGACAAAAAAUGAAUGCUCCUGCAGCUACUAGCUCACAGCAAAUACAGCCCGACACGGACAAAUUGUUACAGCCGCCGCCAAACAUGACCGUGGCCGAAUGGGUGGAAGAAACACGUCGCAAACGGGACGCCAUUAUAGAAAAGCGGCAAGCGCGCAGACAACGAAAGCAGGACCUUGCCAAGCGACGAACUGCAGCUGCCCAGGAACGUAUGCGCAUCAUCUCGCACUUGGCGCGAAAGGAGAAAGGAAGCGACGACUUUGGAAUGCGGGACGAAGAUUGGGACGUGUAUAAGCAGAUUAGCCGCGAGGAGGACAGUGACAAUGAGAACGAAAACGAGCGCAUGCUAGAGUGUGAAAUCAUUCUUAAGCAGUACGAUGCAACGUACGAGGAUCCGCUACUGACGAUGGCUGGUAGUGCGGCCGAACUGUACCAGCUACACGUGGGCGUGGAACGUAUCCGUGCGCCGGAAAUUCUGUUCCAACCGAGCAUUAUCGGCAGCUACGAAGCUGGACUAGCAGAAACGAUCGAUUUUGUACUAAAGCUGUUUCCGGACCACCAGCGAAGUUGUUUGGUGGAAAACAUCUUCCUUACCGGAGGAUGUGCAAAGAUCCGUGGGCUGAAGGAGCGUCUUGCGCGGGAAAUGAGAGAAAUGUUACCCUUCGGGGCUCGAUUCGAGAUCGAACUCGCUCGCGAUCCGGUGCUGGAUGCGUGGAAUGGGGCGAGCAAAUUUUGUCUGACGGAAACAUUUCGUCAAUCGCUUAUUACACGCUCAACGUACGAUGAGUGUGGUGGAGAGUACAUUAAGGAACACGUACACGGAAACGUUUAUUUUCCGACUCCAAAGAGUUCGGUCGAUGAGCAGCAGAUGAUGGGAUAAGAGGAUGGUACAGAGUAUGCAGAACGAAGGGAAUUCAAAUAAAUAAUGUGUAUGUGUAAUACAAU